AUGUCCGACGACGGAAAAUUUCAGCGCUCAGCGCAAGCUUCCUUCCUGCCUCAGGGCUUGAGAUCCCAGCCCAUCUCUCGACUACACUACAAGCUUUUAAAGCCCUACAUCAAAUAUCCAAGUCCAUUUCCUGAAGACAACUCUUUCCAGGCCUACUCAGGAUCUUCCGGACAAUCUGAAGAAAGAUUGCACGCACUGCUAAACAACUCAUACCCUUACCCGGUAUCUUCGAGCACAUUCGACCGUUAUCCUUAUCCAUAUCAGCGAGAUCCCUUCAGAGCUUCAGAGGAUAUGAGUGCUGGAGAUUUAGGUGCCAGGGAGUUCCCAGGACUCCUUGGAGCGCCUCCUAUCCAGUACUCCAGUCUAAGUGGCCCCAGCUUCGUAGCGGACUCCAAGGAAGACUUUUACGCCGUGGCGGGCACCACAGCCAUACUCACCUGCACCAUACGCAACCUUCACAACUAUACUGUAUCAUGGGUCCGCGGCAGAGACAUCAGGCUCCUGACGACAGGUCUCAUCACCUACACGUCGGACAAGCGCUUUGUCCCUUCGAAUCCUGCGAGGGGACAGGACUGGCUCCUCAAGAUCCACUACUCCAGGAAGCAGGAUGAGGGAUCCUACCUCUGCCAGGUGUCCCUGUCACCACCCAUCACGAAGACGAUGCAACUGCAUGUUAAUGAGGCGGAGGUGCACAUCUUGCCAGGCCGCGAGGUGCACGUGCAGGAGGGCAGCGCCCUCCACCUCGAGUGCCACGUACGGGGCUGCCUGUACCCUGUACCCACAUGGACACACAUGGGACGUCCUAUCCUGCAUACCGAGACACGAGAACUCCUGCUGGAGGAAGACCUACGCGCCAUUAAUGCCCAGAACUCCAGCCACGAGCUCAAGAACUCUUCACUGAACGCCGAGGAGGUCGUUGGUUCUGAUGACAGAUCCUUUAAAUCCGACGAGCCUUUAAGCACCGUCGUGACGCUGACGAGGAAAGACGUCACGCCCUUGCACUCCGGCACCUACACGUGCACUUCCACGUGCACUCCACCAGUAAACGUCACCGUACACGUGCUCAGAGGCGAAGAGUUGGCUGCAAUCCACCACCAGAACGGCAGCCAUGGAUUUCGACCUUCGCUGCUGGCUGCUGAAGCCUCCCUAAGCGCCCUCUGUAUCCAUAUGUUAUUAUUCACUCGCCUAGACCAUCAGCACAAACACAAGCAUGAACAAACACUCCCUCAGCGCCAGCACGGAAUAACCAACACUUGUGGGACUGGGAGCAAUAACAGUCAAGCAAAUAAGAAAAAGUAUCGAGAUGUAGCGAAAUCAUCUCUAAAUUCUUUAUGGUACUUCAAACAAGGAAAAUACUCAUCGUCCAUAUUCUAUGCUGGAAAUUCCGACGUGGCAACAAUCGAGUGCAUGCCAUCCUCAACUCAAGUUCCUUCGUUUCGACUACGACUUCGUUUCAAAUGCAUUAAAAAAUUACACCCUAAAGAUGAUUCCCACGACGAGCUAUUGAGCGGUGCAAAGAGCCGGCGAAAUUGGGAAAUGCUGGGAAAAUCCUUCUGGCGACGCAACCGCCAUCCACACGACCGCGUCACAUCGACAGGGCUAAAUAACGACACCAAUUUGCUGUGUGACAUGUACGCUUAUUUUGCACUUGGCCAUCUGCUUGCGUGGCGAACACACGAUCGACUAUUCCGAUGCGAGCGCGUCGAGGCGACGGAGAAGAAGCGAGCGCUAUUUUCUCGCAAUAAAUUCGCAUCUCAUGAACGUUUGCCACCUGAUAUAUGCAGUGACGAUCCUCCCGAACGCACGAAGAAAAUUGACAGCGAUGGCAUAAAUUGUCCAAACGAAAAUGUGAAGGCUUUGAUUGAUAUCUUGUGUUGUGCCUGCAACUUAAUUGGAGGUGAAAAUGUUCUACAGUUUAUCAAAAUUCGGUACGGAACGCGAACAAAUUCAAAUUUUACAACGUUUUUCGUGUUUGAUUUUAUCAUGAGAAGAGAGGCGAGGUGCCGGUAGAACGGAUUCCUGGAGCCGAACUUUUGCAUCGCUUCCAGUCAGCUUUAAAAGUUAGAAAAUUGCCCUAAAGUUUUGAAGAUUUAUGAGUGAUACAAUGUAAUAGACAUUUGUACAUUCAAAUUUUUAUAGCUAUUAUUUCAACUUAUUCCAGUGAAACUUGGCUUACCACUUUCCAUGAAUGUCGUUUUAUGCAUCAAUAAAUUUUCUCAUAAAACUUUUCAGAAUUUUAUCCAUUACAAUCCAGCAAUAUUUCACGGCGAGAACUUAACAUUUGCUGUCAACGAAUUCGCGCCUAAAGCUGGCUCAAAAAUUUAGCAAAGUUUAGGAAACUUAAAAAAAGAUGAUAAAUUUUGACUUACCAAUAUCCCUAAGUCAGAAAUGUUCAGCCUAUUUAAGAAAUAUUUUAUGCAUCCAUAGUUAAUCAGAAUAAUAGGCGAGUUGUGUAUCGCAAGAAGCCAGGAAACAGUUUAUCUUUUUUGCAAUAAGCAUGUUCAAAUAAUUAAAAAUUUCAAUUAAAAUAUAAUA